AUGCUAACUGCUUCUACAAACAUUUGUGAAAGAAUGGGUCACUCUCAGGAGCUCAGCGAAAUCAAGCAUGGUAACGUUUUAGGUUGCCACCUGUGCAAUAAGUCCAUCUGUGAAAUGUCCUUGCUACUAAAUAAUCCACGGGCAACUGUUAGUGGUAUUAUAACAAAGUGGAAGCAACUGGGAACAGCAGCAACUCAGCCACAAAGUGAGCAGAGUCAGCGCAUGCUGAAGCGCACAGUCCGCAGAAGUCUCCAACUGUCUGCAGAGUCAAUAGCUAAAGCCCUCCAAACUUCUUUUGGCCUUCAGAUUAGCUUGAGAACAGUGCGUAGAGAGCAUCAUGGAAUGGGUUUCCGUGGCCAA